UCACCAUGAAUACUAAGGUCCUUAUCCUUCUGGGUCUCGCAGCCCUUGUUGCCGCCGACAGCCGAGAAUCUUUCGAAUCUGGUGAGGCCAAAUAUGACUUCAAUUGGGCCGUUAAGCACGACGACUCUGGAAACGACUUCGGCCACCAGGAAGGCCCGCAAUGGAGACGACACUCAGGGAUCCUACUACGUGCAGCUCCCCGACGGCCGCCUGCAGACCGUCAGGUACGUCGUGGACGGCGACGACGGAUACGUGGCCGAAGUGAACUACGAGGGCGAGGCUCGUUACCCCGAUUCAUACGAGUCAAAUGAAUCGAAAUAGAUUCUUUGAAUAUUUUGCCUGCAUGUGAAAAGGCCCGACGACAGAGAGACCCUCUCUUUUAAAAGGAUUUUGUAAAUAUUUGUUUAUGCAUUAUUUAAUAAAUUAUUAUCAAAGCUA